CGUCACGUGAUCGUUGGCUUUGCCUGCGCGUUCUGAAGUUGGAUUCAAGGGUUACUUCCUUGUUUUGACAUUCUGAAGUGCGUUGGUCAAGCAACGCAAUGUUCCCAUUUGACAUUUUUUCGGCGACAACAUGGAUUUUAGUAGCUUUAUUUUUCGCGUUGCUUCUCCUGUAUGGUGUGUGGCCCUAUGGACACUUCAAAAAGUUAGGAAUACCAGGACCGAGGCCACUUCCCUUUGUCGGCACAAUGUUGUUUUUCAGAAAGGGCUUGAUUGCUGCUGAUCGGGAGUGUCACACUAAGUAUGGAGAUGUGUGGGGGUUGUAUGACGGCAGAACUCCAGUGUUGUUGGUGACGGAUCCUGAGAUCAUUAAGGCAGUGAUGGUGAAGGAUUGCUACACUGUGUUCACCAACCGCAGGGACACAUUUGCGUUUGGAGCGUUUGCUGACGCCAUCACAGCUGUGAAAGAUGAAAGAUGGAAAAGGAUACGCAGUUCGGUGUCACCAUGCUUCACUAGCGGAAGGCUGAAGCAGGUGUUCCCCCUGGUCACUCGAACGACGGAACGACUGGUGGAGAGUCUGGUCACAAAAGACCUGAACCAACCCGUGGACAUCAAACAAUUCUUUGGGCCAUACAGUUUGGAUGUGGUGACCAGCGCGUCCUUUAGCGUUGACAUCGACUCCAUCAACCGUCCAGAUGACCCCCUCGUUGCUCACCUCAAGAAGAUUAUGAACUUCAGAUUGUGGCCGAUAAUGUUACUGCUGCUUUUCCCUGCUAUCGCUAAGCUGUGCAAGUUGUUGAACGUGGAUUUUAUGCCCAAAGCCAGCACAGAUUUUUUCUUCAACAUCAUAAAGAAAUUUAAAGACCAGAUUCACACAGAGCAGUCGAGUCACGCAGACUUCCUACAGGUGCUGACUCAGCACGAAAUACCAGAGUCUGAUAUAAAGAGUGAACACGAGCAGCCAAGUAAAGGGUUGACAGAAAAGGAGAUCCUCUCGCAAGCUUUCAUUUUCAUCUUUGGGGGUUUUGAGACCACCGCCACCACUCUCACGUACAUCCUGUACAACAUCGUCACCCACCCGGAGGCCAUGAGGACCCUGCAAGAGGAGAUUGACGCCAACGUUCCCAAAGAUGGUUCCAUUUCAUAUGAGACACUGCAAGGUAUGGAGUACCUGGACAACGUGGUCAACGAGUCACUGCGCAUCAUUCCACCGGCACCUCGGCUCGAGCGCAUGUGCAAAAAGACCAUCGAGCUUGGCGGUCUCACCAUCCCAGAGGGGACCCUGGUCACCAUUCCCGUGACGGUGGUGCACAAGGACCCCCGCUAUUGGAAGGACCCAAAUGCCUUCCGACCAGAGAGGUUCAGCAAAGACAGCGGAGAAGAAGUGCACCCCUACGCCUACAUGCCCUUUGGCCUGGGCCCUCGCAACUGCGUUGGGAUGCGUUACGCUCUGCUCACCGUAAAAAUGGUCCUGGUCCGCCUGCUGCAACGCUACAACGUGGAGACAUGCAAAGACACCAUGAUUCCUCUGGAGUUUAACUGGAAGUUUCAGCCAGUCAAGCCAAUCAAAUUCAAGUUUGUGCCCAGAGAGUAGGCCUGAAAUGGGAAGGAAUGGACAAGCGACCCCGAUAUGUGCUGCAGUACAUAUACCAGCCAAUGGAGGGCGCUGACAGCUACAAAACGGCAUAUGUGCAUUUUGCUUAAUUUUUGCAUUUCAUUUAUCCAAUUUAUGGUCAUAAAUUUGAAGUAAAGAUUAUGUACCAUCCAUUAUCCAAACGCUUACUCUCACGGGCGGGCUGCGGCCUCGUCUUUGGGCAGUACACCCUGAGCUGGUUGCCAGUUAAUUGAGUCUCGGCGGUUUGUUUAUAUUCCGGAUCUACUUUGCUGCACCAAAGUAAGUACAUUUUUCAUUUGAAUUUUCAACAUGCUAAUUUCAAAGCAGAUUCAAGACAUCCUGUGCCAGAUGUAGCAAAGUGGUCCCAGCACAUAGGAAGCUACAUCUCAAGAACUCUGUACCUACUUUGAUACAUGAAUGAGGCUUUGCGAAGUUCAGGUGCUGCUUUGCUCCACUCAGCACAAUUAUUUUCAUCUCCACCUUAUUCAAAUUUGGCUAGGAUAUGAGUAAUUUGGGGAUUAACUGCACAGCCUUCUCAGCAAAUUACUCAUGCUAUCAUUUUUUUUUCUUUCUCCUUUCUUCUUUCUACAUACAUUCUUGCUGCUGGAGGCUGUAAAUUUCCCCAUUGUGGGACGAAUAAAGGAUAUCUUAUCUUAUCUUAUUGUUGAUGGUCUUGAAAUGUCAUCAUACUGUGCAGAUUCAAGACACCCUUGAACCUGAAUUAGCAAAGCAGCCGCAGAAUCUAACCAAGCCUUUGUUUCACAGUGCACGAGUGGAAUGAGAGUCAUCAGUCGUUUCUUGACUACUAGUGCCACCUUUGGAGGAUAUGAAAUAACACCUGAAAUGCAUUCCAUAUGUAACACACCUUGUUUUGUCAAAAAAAAGUUGUGUUUAAUUUUCAUACAAAAACUGCCGCCAUGUCUUCCUGGUGUCAUAGUGACAACUGUACUAAAAAGCAACUAACCUGA